AUGAAAAAAUGUAUUAUAUCGCUAAAUCUAUUGUAUUAUAUUACAUUCUUCCAUCGAUUCAAUGGUGCAGAAUCUCAAACAGCUUCGUUAAGCACCGGUCAAUCAACAUCUGGAACAGCUGCAGUUGAUUCUGCAUCUACUAAUCCUCCAGUAACCGAUACUGUAACUCCUGUAACUCUUGACAUCAACAUAUCUAAGGAUACCGAUCAGAUAGAUUACAAGAAGGAUGGUGAAUUUAGGACUUACACACCUAAGGAUAACCAUGUGUUCAAAAAAGUUGUGAAGAAAAACGCUGAUAUAUGGUCUGCCAAACCGAAUGAUAAGGCAAUCAAGGCUGUACUCAUGGGCUCUAAGAAAGAACCCAAACACCUUGCCUUACUUCUACAAAGUGGUGAAUACGUACUACUUCAUAAGUCCGGUAAGAAUAAGCCUUGGAAUGAUAUCACUAAUGCAAAGUAUGAUGUCACUAAACUCAAGUUCCUGGGUGAAGGUGAUAGUGAGAUCUCCAAGUCUGACUAUGAUGUUGAUUUACAUGACCUAUCAUAUACCUUCUUAUUCAAGUCUGGUGUCACCUGUAGAAAGGUCUUGUUUGGAGAUGAUGAUGUUUGGAAACAUACUGAUGAUCCCAAUUAUUCAGAUAUAAAGUCACUUCAACUAGAUCUUCCAACUAACAAGUUCCUUGUUAAGAAUCAGUCUGAUCAAUCUAAGGAACUUACCAAAGCCAAGGUUUCUGUUUAUGUUAAUGCUACUCAGAGUGAAGGUACUGAUCAAUCACGAUCACGAUCAUCUGGAGGUACUCCAAAAGGUGAAGGUACUGAUCAAUCACGAUCAUCUGGAGGUACUCCAAAUAGUGGAUCAGGUGAAGGUACUGAUCAAUCACAAUCACGAUCAUCUGGAGGUACUGAAGAACGUAUUCAAUUAUAUAGUGGAUCGUCAGAUUAUGAGAAACUCCUCGACCAGAACCUACAGGGUAUGACCUGGUAA